AUGGUCCAAUAUCGCCUUUCCUACCCCUCGAGGAUAUCUCACAUCGCUUCUACGACCCCUCCCCUUCGCUCCAUCCUCAUCCGAGCACUUCAUGCCACCUCGACUUCUCAAGCUGGUGGACCGAGGACAGCUCAACCUGGAAGAUCAAGUAAGGGCUCAUCCUUCAAGCAGUCCACCAACAAGAUCUCUUUCGGUGCGAACCCAUCAUUCGGUCAGAAACCAGCGUUUGGCAAGAAACCUUCUUUCGAUGGUCAAUCCCGAUAUCCUGCCUUUAAAUCGAAUGAUAAAGGUAAAAUACAUCCCACUUCAUCAAGAAGAUUAGCGUCAUUCGAAGAAUCCCAUCAACCACGUCGGUCAUCCAGGCAUUAUAAUGAGGCGGAGGAAGAUGCUUCAGGGUCGAUACCGUCUUCAUCACGAUUCCCGAAAUCACAACCUUUCCAACCACCUUCUUACCCUUCCACGCCAACUCUCUCCGAUCCCACUGCAGCUUCACCCCGACCCUUCGAUGCGUUCAAUCUGACUCCUGGAUUGCUGCAAUCCUUGACAUCGCAAUACGGUCAAGAUGGAAAGACUACACCUAUCCAAAGUCUCAGUUUCGCGAAUAUCCUUUCCACUUCGAGUCCAACUUCUAGUGAAGGUCAGAGGGUGAUCCUAGGUGCUGAGACAGGAAGUGGCAAGACAAUGUCUUAUCUCGUUCCUUUAUUCCAACAUCUUAAAUCGACUGAUCAAAACAUCCGAGAUUCAGAAGAAGAUGCCCAACAUUUACAUCCUCGAUCUAUUAUACUAUCGCCCACUCACGAGCUUACCAGACAAUCCAACCGAUUCGCCAAAUCUCUCACGCAUACCACCAAACUUAGCGCGAUGGGAUUGAGCAAUACUGCUGCUGGAGGUGUUGGUGCUAGGAGAGGUACGGUCGAUGUGUUACUGGGCACGGUCGGAAGUGUGAGAAGGAUGUUGGGUAUAAGGAAAGAUCAAGAACAAGAUCAGGAAGAGAAUGAAAGGGAAGAUAUCGGUAGUGGGCUAUGGAAGAAGGAGGAGGGGAAUGGUCUGGUAAGGAGCGAUAAAGUGGAAUGGGUGGUGAUUGAUGAAGCGGAUGUGUUGUUGGGCUCCGACUUCCUUGACGAAACAUUGUCAAUCUUAUCCAAAAUCCCUAUAUCAUCCCAAAUCAACCUGAUCUUAUGUACCGCAACAUUACCACCUUCAUUGCUCAACCUCUUAUCCUCCCACCCUUUAUUCUCAUCCACCAAAUUCACUCAUCUCCUCUCACCAGGUCUACACAAAUUGCCAACCAAAUUGGAGACUCGCUUCGUACCGCCGUCGAGGUCUGGUAACCGACUAGCAGACGUUGCUCACGAGGUCCGAAGGGUAUUCGCUGAUGAUGCUGUUAAGUCGAAAUCAAAUCUUCAAGCCGGAGGGGAAGGGGACAGGGAGAAAAGCAAGAUUAUCGUGUUCUGCAAUUCCGAUAAGAAAGUGGAACAGCUAUCGAAUACACUGGAAACAAAGGGACUGCAUUGUUUGGCUUGGACGAGCGAAAGUCAGUGUCGCCAGCGAGGGAGGAAUGGUCCGUUAGAUUCUUUCUUGAUGAAAUCUGUCACGCAACAGCCCAGGAGGAGAUUCCAAGAACAACAAGAGCAAGAAGAAGGAACAGAAGAUAAAUCGACAAGCGGUACUAAGUCCUCUGCAUCCUCAUCUUCAUCCUCAUCUUCUACACCUAGGAUACUUGUGACUACAUCACUACUUUCUCGAGGAUUAGAUUUCUCACCGUCUGUCUCAUCCGUAUUCUUACUAGAUCCACCAAGGGACGUAUUGGAUUUCGUCCAUCGGGCAGGUAGGGCAGGAAGAGCUGGUAGGGAAGGAAGAGUGGUAGUCUUUGGCCUGGGCGAUGGAAGUGGGAUAGGUAAAUCGACGAAAAAGAAGGGAAAGGAAUUACAAGUUGGGGAAGUAUUGGGAAAGACACAGAUUAGGAGACAGAUGUUGGGUGGGAGAGUGAAAAGAGCGAGAUUGUAG